CAUCGCUCCUUCCUGCACUGAACCGCCACCUCGUUGCCGCAGCCCGCGGGAAUUGCUUACCACCCUGAUAUCGCCUCCCUCCCCCCUCUUUACCCUAAACGCUGCUGAGUACGCUAUCGUUCCACCGCGCGACAUGGACGACGAGCCAGCUCUGAAGAAGCGGAGGCGCCCAGGCGCCUGCGACAACUGCAAGAAGCGCAAGAUUCGCUGCGACAGUAGUCGGAUGCCGAACAACAUAUGUUCACAAUGCGUAUCCUACGGGGUGCAAUGCACGCACAUGGAGGUCAUCAAGAACCUGGGCUCUGCGAAGACCUACGUUGACGCGCUUGAGACACGCAUACUGAAGCUGGAGAAGAUCGUCCAGAAAGCAUAGACGUCAAGGAGGAGAUCGAGAACACCACUUUGGAUGAUGAUGGGGGACUUGCCAAGCUCAAACGCAACGACGAUGACUCCCC